CUGCUCUCUAGCCUCGACUCAAUUUGCGCGGCUCCGUGAAAAACCGUUUCUUUGGCGAAAACUCGCAGAGCUCUUGUCAGACGCGCACUGUCUGACAAAGCAGACCUUCCAAAUCGUUACACCCCUCGUCAAACGACAGAGAAACGACUUCGGAAAAGAAGCUCAGGACAAAACAUCAUCGGUUCAGGUUCGGACUUCCACCAACCAACACGUCGGUAGGAGGAGUCAACAGAUGCCUAAGUCACUUUCAUGGCAGACCGUUGCUUUGGAGGCCAAUAGCAGCCUGACACGGCUGUUUCUCCAGGGUUUCGUCACGGUGCAAGGAGGAAGAUUGCCAGUCUGCCACAGGUGCGUUGCCGAGACUGAAAGUGAGUCACCACGGCGAUAGGGGUUGACCCUGGGCAAGCCAUGUUACGGUGACAACUAGAACCAGCCAUCAUCAUAACAAUCCUCCUCCUCCCUGUGGUGUUGUUGUAUGAGCUCUGCUGAGUCACUGGAGAGAGAAAAGCUGUCAUCAUCCAAUCCUCCCAAGGCUGAGAAGUCUAUCCAAUCCUGAACAAGGGUUCCAUUUGUGCCAGAUUAUUCUGCCUAGCAACCCUCCUUAGUAUUUAUGUAAUUGGUGUUUCAUUCAAGUUAUAAAGCUUAGUGGCCUACUCUACCUCUCUCUAUCUCACAUCAAGGCAGAGGACCAGCCUUUGGAAGAAAAUAGCCUAUAUGUCCUUGGAUUCAAAGUUUCUCUGAAGCAUCCAACUGGAACGUCAACGGAACCUAACAGCUCCAUUUCACACACCUACACACACCGUUGUCGUCCGCUGUCACCCACCACCACCACCACUUCUUAAUUGGAUUACGUCGUCAUUAGAGCGUGAGGUUGGGGAUGUAGACCGCCGUCACCACGGAUACCUACAGGAGACUCUUUGGACUCGGCUCAAGGUCUGCCGAGCAGAACAUGGCGGGCAAGGGUAACCCCUGCCACCCCCCGGGGGGGGCAGGGAGUGCGGGGGGCCCCACUGUCUCUGUGGGGGGCUUCCCCAUGCCUCACUACUCCUACUUCUUCCCCCACAUGCUGGGGGGACUGUCCCCUCCCACCCUCUCCGGACUGCCCGUCAGUGGAUACAACACCCCGUCGCCAGCCACCAUAGAGACCCAGAGCACCAGCUCGGAGGAGAUAGUCCCCAGCCCCCCCUCGCCGCCCCCUCCUCCACGAAUCUACAAACCCUGCUUCGUUUGUGCGGACAAGUCCUCGGGAUACCACUAUGGAGUCAGCGCCUGCGAGGGCUGCAAGGGUUUCUUCCGUAGAAGCAUCCAGAAGAACAUGGUGUACACCUGUCAUCGAGAGAAGGGCUGCAUCAUCAACAAGGUCACCCGCAACCGCUGCCAGUACUGCCGCCUGCAGAAGUGUUUAGAAGUGGGCAUGUCCAAGGAGUCGGUGAGGAACGACAGGAACAAGAAGAAGAAGGAGGAGAAGAAGCCAGAGUGUUCGGAGAUCUACGUGCUGAGUACCGAGACAGAGCAGAUGAUCGAACGCGUCCGCAAGGCCCAUAAGGAGACGUUUCCCUCGCUCUGUCAGCUGGGCAAAUACACCACGAAUAACAGUGCAGAGCACCGCGUGGCUCUAGACGUGAACCUGUGGGAUAAGUUCAGUGAGCUGUCCACUAAGUGUAUCAUCAAGACGGUGGAGUUUGCCAAGCAUCUGCCAGGCUUCACCACCCUCACUAUCGCUGACCAGAUCACCCUGCUCAAGGCUGCCUGUCUGGACAUACUGAUUCUGAGGAUAUGCACACGGUACACUCCAGACCAGGACACCAUGACCUUCUCAGACGGGCUGACCCUGAACAGGACCCAGAUGCACAACGCAGGCUUCGGCCCGCUCACAGACCUGGUGUUCGCCUUCGCCCAAACACUCCUCCCUCUGGAGAUGGACGACGCAGAGACCGGCCUUCUCAGCGGCAUCUGUCUGCUUUGUGGAGACCGUCAGGAUCUGGAGCAGGCAGACAAGGUGGAUGUGCUCCAGGAGCCCCUACUGGAAGCUCUGAAGAUCUACGUGAGGAAGAGGAGGCCUCAUAAACCACACAUGUUCCCCAAGAUGCUGAUGAAGAUCACUGACCUCAGGAGCAUCAGUGCCAAGGGAGCGGAGCGAGUGAUCACUCUGAAGAUGGAGAUCCCAGGCUCCAUGCCCCCACUUAUCCAGGAGAUGCUGGAGAACUCAGAGGGUCUGGAGGGCCAGGGGGCCAGCGGGGGGCGCUCCAGCGGAGGAGGGGCCCCACCAGGUAGCUGCAGCCCCAGCCUGUCCCCCAGCUCAGCCCGCAGCAGCCCCCCUGCACCAUCCCCUUAGAAGGGGGUCCACUGCCACCCCCCAGGCAGGAACAGCCAGAAGGCAUGACUACAGAUGGAGCCAGCUAACUGACUGACUCCCACACUGUGACAAACCAGGGUUAGGAAGAGGGCCAGAUCUGGGCCCAACCAGGACGGACUUUGACACUUUGAGGGCACACGCAGGCCUCAAUGGACAGACAGCCGUCCCCCCACUCCCCCUAUCUCAGCCCCAGUCCAGGCACCAAAAACUGUGCCGAACCCGACCCCAUACUUGACUGAACAAUAGGGGGGUCCCAUCUCACCUGGAUGGCACUAUCUCCAUCACCCCCCCAACCCACAACCACCAUAGACAUGCCUCAGAACCAGCACCAGGGAUCAGCAGCCGCCACACAAGGAGUUUAAUCGGAGAUGUUCUGUUUACUCUCCUCAGUGAUGACUCUGUUCCUCCUCUCUCUCCCUCUCAAGACGUUGGACAGGAGCUCAGGCUCAAUGCCCGUCGGACCUGGGGUAAAGGGGUAGACAAGACGUACGUCUUUCUGCAGGGAACUAGUCAGACAGACUGACAGACAGACAGCUGGACAUUGGGCACGAGUCAUCCCUAAAUGUUGUCAGGGACAGCUAACGGGGGGCUCAGAUAGGGGGCCUGUCUCUCCUUCUCCUUUACAACUUUGAGAGACAGAUUUUUUUUCUUACAAAAGAUAUAUGGAAAUAUAAAUAUAUAUAUGGAAAAAUUAAGAUUGCAAUUUGAAUUGUCCUAAGUGGAAUUAUGCAUAAAAGAAGAGUUGCUAUCUUUUUUCCUGUUUUUUUCUCUCACUGUUCUUCGAACUUAGAUGCAUUUGUGAUUUCCCCCCCCACCUCCCCAGACCUAGUGUUUUGUUCUCUUGGUUUCACCCAGGAAUAUCGGCACGCUAAGUUGUCACAGUGAAAAUGUUAGUUUUUUCUAUCAAAUCAAAAGAGAAGUAGAACAAAAAUGAUGACACGAUUUCAGAAGCAAUUCACUUUAUGCACUAGACCUCUUGCACUGUCACGUUCACAGGUUGGAUCAAAUUGAUACACAAAACACAAAUUGGACCAGGUUGGGAUGGCAUCUCUGUUUUGUUCCGUUUACAGUAUUUUAUUUUUCAUGGGAGAAAAAUAAAAUAAAACGUAGUGGUUCUAUGGUCUAGAGUCAAGUCGUUGUGGAGUUAUGAAGAUGAUCUGUAAGAAAAUACCAGCCAUUACAUACGUAAGAUGUAUUCCUUAUUUUUAAAGUACAUGAAGUCUAGCCCUUUUGACAUUGUCAAAGCCUUUUAUGUUUUGCUUUUUGUUCUCGUUUUGGUAUCUGAAGUGAAGGCAUUGAUCACUGAUCGACUGUUUAGACCACUUAAGGAAGGGACUGACUUUUAGGAACACCAUAGCCGUUGACAACCAGUAAAGAGAGUUGAAUUUCUACUUCACCUGAAAUAAAAAGGAAAGAUUUAUGACAAUUUAAUGACCAACAACUCCGUGAUCCCCUUCUCCCCCCUUUCCAAAUCAAAUCAAAUCAAUUCCCAAGGUAGUCCCUCCCGCAUUCCACGUCUGGAUAGUGUAUGUAUUACCCCCCAACAGCACUGCCUCUGUAACGCAUUACCUAUCUUCACAACACCACUGCCUCUGUAAUGCAGCACAUUGUCAAUAUCUAUGCCCUCCCACUACCCCCCACCGUCAGUCACAAACUGUACCACGUUACCAGUAUGCUCACAACACCACUCCCUAUGUAGCACAUUGUCAGUAGGAUGUAUCUAUCUAUGUCCAUGUAAACUCUGUGACACGAUAUCAGUAUGCUCACAACACCUCUGCCUCUGUAUGUAUACAUGUUCCAUAUCUCUCCACAACACAACAGCACUGCCUCUGUAAGUCUGUUUCACAGUAUCAGCACCUCUCUAUCUCUUUAUCUAUCACAACAACACAACUGCCUCUGUUUACACACUAUCAGUAUUUAUUGGUCUGUCAUCCUGGACUCUUGUGACACAUCCGAUCAGUUUGCCCUAGAUCAGUUUGUGCAUUACAAUGAAAUAGGAGUUGUCAAGACAGCACAAACUGAUCUGGGAUCAGGCUAGCUAUUCCCCCACCUCUAACCACUGUUUACACACACUAGUGUAACCUACCUACCCAUCUCCUUUCCCCACAACACCACUGACUCUGCUGUUCAAUAGGAGUGGAUCUGUCCUUCACAAUGGAUCGAACGCUGCUCGUGGCCAACCUCACUGCAGCCAAGUAUCACAACGCACAACUGUUUUUUCCCUGCACUCUCACUUGUAAUGCAAUCAGAUGCACAACCAGCAUUUGGGGAUAAAAUACAUAAAUAACUGUUUUGAUUAUGUCAGAUCAUUGAACGAAGAGAAUAACAUUGAAUAAAGAACCCUGUCUGUG